AUUGUCUUUUUCCAGAGAUGGUUUACACUGGUUUUACUACAGAGAGAAUGGCGACAUCAAGAUGUUUAUUAGCACAUCUCUCGUCAACACUGUAGCAAAGCAUUACCUUGAGCGGGCUGUCACGGCAAGAUUCGUGCGCUUUUGGCCCAAAGAAUGGGCUGGGAGACCCUAUCUCCGCGUUGAAUUAUACGGAUGCCAUGUUUACUCGAGAUCUGUUGAUUUCUCAAACCUGACAAGUAUGGCAAACCGCUAUCCUAAUUUCUAUACAUACGACGGAUCUGUUUUAAAGUCCUGGCACGGACGUUUGUCGAUAGAUGACGACUCCAAUAAUGCCCCCAGAUCAGCAUGGUGUGCAAAAAACAAUGAUACAAACAACAACCAGUUCCUUCAACUAGAUUUGAAAGUGACAAAAGUUAUUCAGGCCAUCGCGGUUCAAUCCCAUUCAUCAGAGGAUAAAUGGGUGAAAAGUUUUACCAUUAGUUCCAGUCUUGAUGGGCUGUUUUGGAAGCAAUACACAGAUGCAGGAAACUUGAAGGUAUUUGAUGGGAACACACAUCGACAUAGUUUAGUCAAAGUGGAUAUUAAAUAUAAUCUCCGUGCAAGAUAUCUGCGAAUUCACCCAAAAACCUGGUACAAUCACCCUUGUUUAAGGCUGGAGGUGUUCGCCAAAGAAGACUGCAUUGAUCCUCUAGGAAUGCAGAGUGGUCAAAUUUCUGACAAAGAUAUUACAGCGUCUAGCGCUCUGAGGGUGAAUUACGAACCCUGGCUUGCCAGGUUACACAGUCGGCUGGGAGAAGGAGGAUGGUGUGCAGGGAGAAAUGAUGAGAAUCAAUAUUUGGAGAUUGAUUUGAAACACCCUUACCACGUGAGACGAGUAGCAUCGCAAGGAAAGUCCUCAGUACCCGGAUGCAUUAUCCCGGACGCUUGGGUCACAAGCUACAUGAUGCAGUUCAGACGUGAUACACUAGACUGGUGGAACUACACUGAGAACAACACCAUCAGGGAGUUCUCUGGAAAUAUCAAUACCACCCAUGUGGUCACUCAUCACUUAAAGAGCCCCGUCAUUGCUCGCUAUGUGAGAUUUCGUCCCAUGAAUUGGUUCCAAAGAAUUUGCAUGAGAGUGGAAAUAUAUGGAUGCAAAGCUUGCUUCCAACCUUUAGGAAUGGAAGACUUCUCAAUACCGAGUAAAAACGUUGACUCAUCUGUAGCUUCAAACAUCUUCAAUGCAAGACUAAACUAUGCAGGAACAAACCAGUUCGUUGGAGGGCGAGACAAAUUCAUCUUACAAAUCGACUUAGGGCAUUUUAAGACUGUCGCUGCAGUCGCUACACAAGGCAGAUAUCGUGGAACGCAUUUUGUUAGAAUCUAUCGAUUGGCGUUUAGCAGACUGGAGGGUGAAUGGUUUUAUUACAAAGAAAAUGGAGAAGUCAAGGAAAUACAUGGCAACACAAACGCCGACGGAGUAGCUCUAAAAAUCCUACAUUACCAAGUUGUCGCCCGCUAUGUCCGUUUUGUGGUAGUAGAGUGGGUCGAAAAUGUUUGCUUGAGAGUGGAAAUUUACGGCUGCGAAGCCUGGUCAGAUCCUCUUGGAAUAGGAUCAGGAUUAAUUAGCAAGAGCAAAAUGACCUCAUCCAGUAACUCGGGACCUGGGCAUGAGCCAUGGUUGGCAAAAUUAAAUACAGUAUUCGAUAAGAUGGGCUGGUGUGCCGCUCCUUCUGAUUCAUCGCCGUACCUUCAGAUAGACAUGGGACGAGUUGUCACUCUAACUCAUAUAGCAGUUGCAGGAAAGAGUGGUGCAGGCAUGGUGUCUGAAUUUAAGUUUUCUUCAAGCGUUGAUGGUGGCUUCUGGCGCAUUUAUACGACAGUCUCUGGAGAAAAGACGUUUACAGCAGCUACCGAUUACUCACAGGCAUUAAAGUUCCCGAUAGAUUUGGAAAUGCAAGCGCGAUUUUUCAGGUUCCUCCCUAAGCAAUGGACUGAUUUGCCGUGCAUGAACGUGGAAUUGUAUGGUUUUGAUGAAUGCACGAGGCCUUUAGGACUGACGGAGUGGAUUAUACCAAAAGAUGCUAUGACAGCAUCCAGCUCGCUUGGAACAAACUAUGCACCUUGGAUGGGAAGGCUGGGUUCCAGAGAAGGUGGUGGAGCAUGGUGCGCUAAAAGUAACGAUAGCAUGCAGUAUCUGCAGAUUGAUCUGGGUCACGUGAGUGAAGUACGUAGCUUGCAGAUUCAAGGAAAAGAAGGAGUUAGUAGACAUCCUACUUUGGAGAGCGCUUGGGUGAAAAACUUCACUGUAUCUCAUAGUGUAGAUGGAAUAACUUGGACAGAUCAUAAAGACUUUGGUAUUUUGAAGGUGUUUCGUGGUAAUUCAAAUCCCCACGAGUCUAGAACUGUGUCUUUGGAAGUCUCGAUAAUUGGACGCUAUUUCAGAAUUUUUCCCAAAAGUUAUCAUCGUCACAUGUGCAUGCGAAUGGAGCUAUACGGAUGCCAAGCUUGUGAAAAUCCCCUUGGAAUGGAAAACUAUGACAUUCCAGACCAUGCACUGGUCACAAGUGGUACAUAUUAUGACGCAAUCGACGCUCGAUUAAACAAACUAGACAAAUUCCUUUUACCUACUGAAGUGGACGAGUACAUUCAGGUUGACCUUGGGCCCGGAGGCAAAUCAGUUACUGCUAUAACAGUACGAGGAAAUUUUGCUUCCUCCCAUAUUGACUGGAUUAGCAAAUUUGUUCUAAAUUACAGUAGGAACGGGUGUGAAUUUUUCUCUUACAUGGAGGACGGCACCGUGAAGAUUUUCCAAACUCCUCCAGAUAAUAGAUUCUUUGCUACAAGGCACAGAUUACAGCACAACAUCACAGCCAGGUACUUUCGGGUUGUUUUAAAAGACUGGAUUAAUCGUCCAUUUAUUCAGUUGGAGCUCUACGGCUGUAAAGCAUGUUUAGAGUCGUAUGGUAUCGGAAAUGACCCCUUACUAGUUUCAUCUUCGUCAGCGUCUAGUAGUAGGCUUGGACACGAACCGGAAAAUGCACAGAAUUUCACCGACACAGGUUCCUGGUGUGCUGAACAGGAAAACGAAAAUGAAAACCUCCAACUUGACUUUGGAAAGACGGUCGUAUUAACUGGUAUUGCAACGCGAGGUCACCAUAGCAACGACGAAUAUGUGUCACAAUACGAGCUUGAAUACAGUGUUGAUGGAGCUCACUGGUUUACUUACACUAGUGCGUUUAGACAUGAAGACAUAAGAACCCAACUUGCCGCUAAUGUAGACAACGCAAGUGUUAGGAGGAUUGCCUUCUUGUACGAAAUCAAAGCUCGUUAUUUUAGAGUUGUUGCUAAAGUCUGGCAUAAUGGAAUCUGCCUCAGGCUGCAAGUAUUUGGUUACAAAGGUUGCGACGAAGACCUAGGCAUGGAAUCUUCAAUAGUUAGCAAUUCUUCUAUAAACGCCUCCAGUCACCUUGGUGAAGGUUAUGAACCAUGGAAUGCACGUCAUAACCGCCAUCAUGGAAAGGGUGCGUGGUGUGCUGGUCAAAAGGCUAAGGAUGAGUUCAUACAAGUGCAAUUCACCCGGAUUCACGUCAUUUCACGAGUUUCUUUACAGAGAAAAGAGAAAACAUCUCCUGGAGAUACAGUUGGUAAGGCCUGGGUGACCAAAUUCGUACUUGCGUACAGCGAGGAUGGUGUCAGUUGGUCAGAGUACUCUGAUGGUAAUGGCGUCACGGAGCUCACUGGUAACAAAGUACACGUCCUUGCCAACACGGUGCGUGCUCAGUUUGUGCGGAUUGUUGUUAAGGAAUGGUACCACCACAUCUGCCUAAGGAUGGAAUUUUAUGGUUGCCAAGCUUGUUUGGAGCCUCUUGGACUAGAAAAUUUCCAAAUUCCGGAUUCGUCCUUUUCCAGCUCUUCCUAUUAUAGGCUACCGACACGGGGUCGCCUAGGAUAUUACAAAAUGGAAAUGUGGGUUGCGAGACAUAAAAAUCUCGACCAGUUCUUACAGGUUGAUUUAGGCAAAAGAAAAACUAUUGCAGCUAUUUCAACUCAAGGAAAUCCUAACAUGGAGGAGGACUCUCGUUUAAGAGAGUAUUACCUACAGUACAGCAACGAUAGCUCCAACUGGAUGGACUACACAUUUGAAGGCCAACGGAAAGUGUUUGAUGGUUACAAAACUCAGGGGGCAGAAAUAAGCAGGAAGUUUUUGCCUCAGGCCAUCGAGGCUAGGUACAUCAGACUACGAGCCAUUCGAUGGUACCAUUAUAUUGGCGCCAAAUUAGAAAUUUACGGCUGUGAAGUUUAACCAUGUGAAGUUAGAGGGAAAAGAAAAUCGUCAUGGAUCGCAAUCAGACUAAAACAUUGCUGUAUUUGUCACCAUGCAAAAACUGUGCAUUCCUGUUUUCAUUUACACCGAGUACUCGAUGAAGUUAAUGCCUUUUGUUAGUGCACAUAAAUUACACUA